UGUUGGAACAAAAUCGAAGCAAAAGCAAAAAAAAAAAAGUAUUUUGCAGUGAGUAGUGAAUUCCGGAGAAUUUUUUAUAAUUAUUAGUGGAAAUUACCUCAAAAUAAGGCGUUGGGAAAGUUUAAAUAAAACAUUUAUUGAAACUGUCCAAAAACCUCCGCGCUAUGAAGCGGAAAUUCAACUAUCCGAACGUGACGAAUGUGGCGCAGAUUCUGCUGGACCGGAAUUACAGCGAUAUUGAGCAUAUUGUCAAAAAUCGUUUGAAAACGGCCCCGCAGUUUAUCGACAAGAUUGAAUUGGAGGCCGAACUGAAAGGACACAAUGGUUGCGUUAAUUGCUUGGAGUGGAGCACCAAUGGGCGCAUUCUGGCUUCCGCUUCCGACGACUUCCACGUCAUGCUGUGGGAUCCUUUUACUCACAAGCAGAUUCUGGAUUUGGUCACUCCACACGAUGGGAACAUAUUCUCGGUGAAGUUCCUGCCGAAGCAAAACGAUUCGAUUGUGUUGACCGGGGCCGGCGAUUGUAAAAUGUAUGUCUUUGACAUCAACCGAGGAAACGAUGUCCCCAUUCGGAAGUGCACUUGCCACAGCCAACGGAUAAAGCGUCUGGCCACGACUCCCAAGCUCACGCAAAUCUUCUGGUCCGCGGCGGAGGAUGGCCGAGUUCUGCAGCAUGAUAUGCGGACGACUCACACAUGCCGGGCCAACGAUGCCAAUGUCCUGAUCAAUCUGAAGAAUCACAUCAACGAGAUGCCGGAGGUGAAGUGCAUUGCGAUCAAUCCGCACCGGCCGGAACAGAUGGCGAUCGGGGCGAACGAUUGCUACGCCAGAAUCUACGAUCGACGGAUGUUGUCGCUGAUGAAGUACAGCACCGUGGUAGACUCGAAGCCAAACGAACAUGACACGGACAACGUACGAUGUGUCCAGUACUACUGUCCGGGGCACCUCAGUCGGAACAAGGGCACGGUGUACUCCAUCUUCAAUCAGAAAGCCAUCACCUAUCUCACGUUCAGCCCGGAUGGUUCUGAGUUGCUGGUGAAUAUGGCUUCAGAGCAAAUCUACCUGUACGAUCUUAACCAUCCACGGGAGCCUGUGUUCCUCAAACUACCGAAAUUUACCGAGCCGAUCAACGGAACCAACGGAACAACGGUAAAGAAUGGCGAGAAAAUCAAACACAAACUUCCACCGGAAGUGGAACACAUGAAGAAGGAAGGCAAUGCCAACUUGGAAAAGGAAAAAUAUCUGCAGGCGAUUCAGCAGUACACGUUGGCCAUCCGGAAAGCGCAAGAGAAGGAUUGUUCCGUACUGUACCUGAACCGGGCGACGGCCCUCAUGAAGCGAAAUUGGUUCGGUGACGUGUACGCGGCAGUACGCGAUUGUCAGCGGGCUCUCCGUCUGGAUCCACACUACGUGAAAGCUCACUUCCGGCUGGCUCGGGCUCUGCUCAAACUGGGCCAGUUGCAGGACGCUUCGGAAUGUUUGGCCGAGCUGAUCAAACGCUUCCCGUCCUAUGCGAAAAAUCACGGCGUUCUGAUGCUCAACAAGGACAUCGAGGCCGAACUGGAAAAGCAACGCCAGCGGCAACGGGAACGACCUCAGGAAUCGGACGCGGAUCAGUACUCGAUGAAUGAAUUGACUUGGCGUGCAGCUGCACUCGACUAUCAGGACCGAUUUGUCGGACAUUUAAAUACGAAGACCGACAUCAAGGAAGCGAACUACUUCGGAGAUGCAAACUACAUUGUGGCUGGCUCGGACGAUGGAAACUUCUUCGUUUGGGAACGUGACAGCGGUAUGAUUUCGGCCAUCUACCAAGCGGACGAACUGAUUGUGAACUGUGUGCAACCCCACCCGUACGAGUGUCUGCUGGCAACGAGCGGGAUCGACCAUGAGGUCCGUUUGUGGUCGCCGCAAAUGCGAGAGGAAAUCCCGGUCAAACACCGGUUAGACGUCGUCGAUGGGACGGUCAAUGAGAAUCAGAACCGAAUGCAAUCCGAUCCGUUCGACUCGUUGGCCCCGGAUCAGGCCAUGUGCCGAGCUAGUUAGCUUCUGAUUUCAGACUCAACCCAUGUGAUCGAGUGUAGGACUAUUAAAUUAUUUGCUAUGACGGUACGAUUUUUAUACAGCUGAGCACAGAGCCGCCAGUGAACCGAACGUGAAGCAACUGAAAUCCGUUACAAGCCCACGAUUCAUAAAUCUUAUAAAACCAAUAUGAUUGUUACAUCCAUUAUACCUAAUAAUCGUUCACCACCCUAAACCGGUAAAAUUGUCAUCCGUUAAUAGUAGAGCAGAAAGUAGGAAUUGCACGCAAUAAUUAGACCGAAAUAAUACAUCAUGGAUCCUCAGCCAUUGUUUAGGGGAUGAAUUGUGUCGGGUUUGCUCCGUUUGUAAAAAAGCGACGUUAAAAGCUGUAGUUACUACCAAUGAAUGCAGGAAAAUUUUGUGAUUGAAAUUUUGGCAUGUGAUUUCUUCUCAAUUUUUAUACGACAAGUUCGGAUUCGAGAUUAGAUUUUAUUUUACUCGGUUAAUUUUUUUUUAUUCGUUUUUGACAUUUUCCAUCAGUUCUGAGCAAACUCGAUAGAUUGUUGUGAAGAUUGGUGAACUACUUAAAGAAUAGCGUCGUGUGCUCGUCCGUUGAACGUACCGGAACAUAAUAAAGUACAUUGAACUAUUACAACA